AAACAAAUUGAUUUAGACAGAACUCUAAUCUCAUGCUCUAAACUAAUUAAAAAAGAUGUCUCAGCUCAAUCCCUGAAUAGGAUUAAUUUUAAAUUAGGAGUCCCUGAGUCCUGUUAUGAAAAAUUACUAUGCCCGGAUAUCUGGCCAACAAAUGUUACCGUUAAGCCUUUUCUGAAUUUUCGGAAGGGUCGACGAAAGCUAUUACGGACGUAGCAAGUAGUACCCGACUAAUUUAUCUGGUAUGAGAACCAAGUCUGAAAUGGUGCACAACUUUAGUGAGCAAAUGAAUUACGACAUCUUUGUUUUCGUCGAAACAUGGUUGAAUGAGAAUUUCUUUGACGGUGAAUUCUUCAACUCAAAUCUGUUCAAUGUAUUUCGUAAAGAUCGUGAUGCUGAAAAAACUGGCUGCCUUCGAGGAGGUGGUGUUCUUAUUGCCAUUAAGCGUCAACUGCAAGCGUCUUUGGUCACACUUUCGAAUGGUGAUUCUUUACUGGAUCAGCUUUGUGUUUGUGUUAACGGUUCCACACCGCAAGACUCUUUGUAUCUUCUUGCGUCGUACGUGCCCCCGGGCAGCUCUUUCGAAUUAUACAAGGCCCACGCAGAUAACAUUGCUUCAUUAGUCUUAAACAACGUUAAGGAGCAUCACCUCUGCGUGCUCGGCGAUUUUAACCUACCUAAUAUUAAUUGGUCAACUAGCAUUUCUAAUAAUUACGGUCUCACGCCAAAUAAUGUCAACUCAAGUCAAGAAUUGUAUUUCAUCGAUAAUGUACUUAGUCUUAACUUAAUUCAAAUUAAUAAUUAUUUUAAUUCUCUAAAUAGGCUACUGGAUCUUAUAUUUAUAAGUGACAAUUUUUGUUGUGAAGUUAGUGAGUGCCUGAAUCCAGUUACUUCUAAGGACAGACAUCAUCUACCACUUGUUGUCGAGUUUAGAUUUUAUCAUUUUCCUCCGGUUACUACUGUGAGUAGACCAAUCUUUAAUUAUUCUUCGUGUGACUUUGUAAGUCUUAAUGAUAUUUUACUUGAAAUAAAUUGGGAGGAGCUACUUGGUGGGCUUGAUACAUCUGUCAGCUUUUCCGCUUUCAAGUCGAUCGUAUACACCCAAUGUUUAGAUAGGAUCCCCCUGCGGGUAAAAAGAGCCUAUAAAUUACCUUGGUACACUAAAGAAUUAAAUAAACUCAAGAAUCUUAAAAACAAAUUCUUAAAAAAAUUUCAUAAGAGUAAGAAUAACUUCCUCUUCAUAUAUGCGCAAAAUAGAGGGGAACAUUAA